AUGAGCCUGGGCUACCUGAGCAGGGUGUGCGCCAGGGUAGUGCAGGCCGCCGUGCGCGCGGAGCAGCCGGCGUCCACGAUGUCUAAGCCAUCACCGGUGGCGCAAGUCCCUCACCGCCGCUCCCGGUUCUCCGGUGGGAUGGCUGAUCAAACUCCCGUGGCGGCGAAGACGGCAGCAGGGACGACGAGGAAAGCGGAGAAGGAUGAGAACGUGAUGCACCUCAUCUGCUGGGGACCAGAUUAG